UGGCUGUGGAUGUGUCUGAUACCUGCGGGCAGCGUGUAACUACUGGUGUGAACUGUGAAGAUAAUCAGCACCACUCCUUUUCCGCCUGAUCUGCACUGUGUUAUGGGGUGAUCAUGGUCAGGAAGCCCUUGAAUCUGCUCACGUUUGUCUAAUAAAUGCAACAGCCACUGGCACUGAAAUUCUCAAGAACCUGGUACUGCCAGGUAUUGGUUCCUUUACUAUUGUGGAUGGAAACAUAGUCAGCGGGGAAGAUGCUGGCAACAACUUUUUCCUUCACAGGGGCACUAUUGGAAAGAAUCGGGCGCAAGCGGCAAUGGAACUUUUGCAAGAAUUAAAUGAUGAUGUCAGAGGAUAUUUUGUUCCACAGAAACCAGAACAACUUCUAGAAACCGAUCCUUCCUUCUUCUGCAAGUUCACUUUAGUGAUUGCAAUACAGCUACCAGAAAGUACUUUACUGCAUUUGGCGGAAGCUCUCUGGGAUUUUAACAUUCCUCUUCUGAUCUGCCGAGCAUAUGGGUUUGUCGGCUACAUGCGGAUUGUCGUGAAAGAACAUACCGUAAUAGAAUCUCACCCUGACAAUGCAUUAGAAGAUCUGAGGCUGGACCAGCCAUUUCCUGAGUUGAAGGAGCAUCUACAGCUGUUUGAUUUUGGCAAUAUGGAGAAAAAGGACCACAGCCACACCCCUUGGGUUUUUGUGGUAGCCACAUAUUUAGACCAAUGGCGUGGUAUGAAUGCUGGCCAGAUUCCGAAAAGCUACAAAGAAAAGGAAGCUUUCCGGGAUACAAUUAGGAAAGGAAUAUUAAAGAAUGAAAAUGGGGUGCCAGAGGAAGAGGAGAAUUUUGAGGAAGCUAUAAAAAAUGUCAACACAGCAUUAAACAUUGCAAAGAUUCCUAGCAACAUCGAAGAGAUUUUGCAUGAUGAGCGCUGCACAAAUCUUACACCACAGUCAACAUCAUUUUGGAUAUUGUCCCGAGCUGUCAAGGAGUUCUUAGCAAUGGAAGGAAAGGGUAGUUUACCUGUACGAGGAACAAUUCCUGACAUGAUUGCUGAUUCUGACAAAUUCAUUAAGUUACAAAACAUAUAUCGAGAGAAAGCAAAAAAAGAUGCUGCAGCUGUCGAAAGCUAUGUCUCAAAACUCCUGCAAUCUGUUGGCAGACCUACAGAGUCCAUAUCAGAGGGAGACAUUCGCCUGUUCUGCAGGAAUUGUGCAUUCCUUAGAGUUGUUAGGUGCAGAUCGUUGGCAGAGGAGUAUGGUCUGGAUACAGCUAAAAAGGAUGAUAUUGCUUCGUACAUGGACAAUCCAGACAGUGAAAUGGCUUUGUACCUGAUGUUGAGGGCUGUGGAUAGAUUUCAGAAACAGCACGGCAGGUAUCCAGGUGUCUAUAACUAUCAAGUGGAGGGGGAUUUCGGGAAACUGAAGAGUUCUUUAAAUGGCUUCCUCCAAGAAUAUGGGUUAUCUCUCAGUAUCAAAGACGAUUAUAUCCAGGAAUUCUGUCGAUAUGGAGCAGCAGAGCCUCACACCAUUGCUUCUUUCUUAGGAGGAGCUGCCGCUCAGGAAGCUAUCAAAAUAAUAACAAGACAAUUUGUAAUAUUUAAUAACACAUUUAUUUACAAUGGCAUGCUGCAAACCUCUGCAACUUUCCAGCUCUAGAUAAGAUGUAUAUUAAUAGUUGUAAAUGUAUUUUCUGCUGGUACUAAACUCUGUUCAGACAACAUGAAUUUAAAUAAAUUGAGAAAAAAAAGGUU